GUGUUCAGUUCAAUUCAGUCAGUGAAGCCACACGGUGGCGUUCAGUAGUGAGAUGGCGUGCGCGCAUCUUCUCCUUUUGGCGCAAGUCGUGUUCGCCGUAAUUAUAUUCGCAGAAGAUACAUACGUGCCAAAACCGAAGAAGGUGUUAGAUACAGUAAUGAACCCUGCAUAUAUCCCGCCAGAGGAGAAGCGUGGUUCAUACUGGAAGAAAUCAGCAGCUACAACUCUGAAGGCGAAACUACAAGAGACGAAGAAUAUUAACAAGGCGAAGAAUGGUAUUAUGUUUAUCGGUGAUGGAAUGUCUCUGGCUACGGUGAUGGCGGCCAGGACUUACGGCGGACAAGUGGAGCGUGGAUUGGGUGAAGACAACAUUUUGGAGUUUGAAACGUUCCCUGUAACCGGAUUAGCAAGAACUUACUGUAUAGACGCGCAAGUGCCGGACUCGGCGUGUACAGCCACUUCAUACCUGACAGGCGUAAAGACCAAGUACGGCGUCAUCGGGCUAGACGGCAACGUGACCAGGGGUGCCUGCCACUCGCAGCUAUACGAGAACAACUGGGCAUCCUCCAUAGGACAAUGGGCACUGGACAACGGUCUGGAUGUAGGUCUAGUAACCACAACACGGGUAACCCACGCGUCACCAGCUGGGAUGUACGCCCAUACAUCUGAGAGGAACUGGGAGAGCGACGCAGAUGUGCCUGAUGAAUGCCUGUCUUUAGGCUGCCGGGAUAUUGCCUACCAGCUAAUAAUGAACAAUCCCGGACGACAGUUUAAGGUGAUAAUGGGCGGUGGUAGAAAGGAAUUCUUCCCGAAUACAACCAGUCAGGUGCUAAAUGGCACGGGGCAGAGGCUCGACGGCCUCGAUCUGGCGGAGAAGUGGCACGAGGAUAAAGUAGAGAAGAACGCCACACAUCAAUACGUCACCGAUAGAGCCGAGCUGUUGAAGGUAUUUAAUUCUGAUGGCCUACCGGAGUAUCUCCUAGGUCUAUUCAACGACGACCACAUGGAGUACCACAUGAAGGCACACAACCAGCCUACUUUAGAGGAGAUGGUCGAAGUCGCCAUCAAGAUGUUAAGUAGAAGCGAAAAAGGAUACUUUUUGUUUGUAGAAGGUGGGAGAAUAGACCACGCGCAUCACGACAGCUAUGCUCGUUUGGCUCUCGACGAGACCGUGGAAUAUGCCAAAGCAGUAAAGAAAGCUAGGACUCUGACUGAUGAGAGUGACACCUUGAUAGUUGUUAGUGCAGACCACGCGCAUACAAUGACCGUGGCUGGUUACCCCUCUAGAGGAAACGAUAUCCUGGGCGCUGUGGACACUGCAAAAGGCUUUGAUGAUAAACCUUACACAACCAUCAGUUACGCUAAUGGAAAAGCGCCAUCUAUUGGAGCAGAUGGAAGAGUUGACGUCACUUUACAGGACAGAUUCAUAAAUGGCGCGUUGGACUAUUCGUAUCCAAGCUUGGUGCCACUCGACUCGGAGACGCACGGCGGUGAGGACGUGGCCGUGUUUGCUCUCGGGCCUUGGCAGCACCUCUUCACCGCCAGUUACGAACAAAAUGUUGUGCCACAUCUUAUGGCGUACGCAAUGUGCUUAACAGAAGACAAACACGAUAAUUGCAAAAGACAUAGACAUUUCUGGACAUCAAGCGGUGAACACAAUAAACCAAAUUUAUUUAGUUAUGUAUUAAGUAUAUGUGCUGUGAUAAUUAGCUUUAUGUUAAAUUUUUAAGUUAGUAAUAA